AAAGUUAGUUGUUGCAAUAGCCGAUAGGAGAGGAACGAAGAAUUCCUGUCGUCCAUUUCUUUUCUGUCGUCUCUUUUAGGCAAACUGGCAAACCUGUGGCUUUAACCUAGGGUUUCACAAUUCAAAUUAUCCCCACCUCCCUGCCAUUACUUCUUCACACCGACCCACGACCACGACACCAGCGUAGACGCAGCCGCAGUCCCGCACUCCCAUAGCGGUACAUCCGGCAGCCCCCUCCCUCUACUCUACUUACUACUAGAUUACAACUCCUGAAGAGUGUGUUUCUUUGAUUCCGAACCCAUCGUGGGUGGAAUCCUGGAUCCGCCACUCACGGACAGAAACGAGGUGGUGAAAGUUCUUCGGGGAGCUCUCUGUUACUCCCUGAAUUUGAAGUUCCAUCUCCAAAAUGAAGCUGUCUGCUCUUUGUUCUUCUUCAACAGCUAAACCCACCUCACUUUUUCACCUUCUUACCUUUAAAGUCAACCACUUCAGCCUGCAAAUCCCAACUAGAAGCACUGCAAAUUCACCUCGUCAUUCAGUUUCCAUUCAAUGUGCUGUUCGCUUUCGACCUUGCAUUGAUAUACACAAGGGUAAAGUGAAGCAAAUUGUUGGGUCAACCCUAUCGGAUUUGAAAGGAGGAUCAUCAUUAGCUCUUAUUACCAAUUUUGAGUCUGAUAAGCCAUCAGCUGAAUAUGCCGCAAUGUACAAAGAGGACGGGCUUUUGGGUGGUCAUGUUAUCAUGCUCGGUGGUGACCCUUUGAGCCGAGCUGCUGCUAUUGAUGCCCUACAUGCUUUUCCUGGUGGCCUGCAGGUUGGAGGUGGGAUAAAAUCCGAUAAUGCGCUAAGUUACAUUGAGGAGGGAGCCAGCCAUGUCAUUGUAACAUCAUAUGUGUUCAACAAUGGGCAGAUGGACCUCGAUAGGCUUAAGGAUCUUGUCCAUGGUGUUGGGAAACAGAGGCUUGUGUUAGAUUUGAGCUGCAGAAAGAAGGGAGGUAGAUAUGCCAUCGUAACUGACAGAUGGCAGAAGUUUAGUGAUGUGUUUGUUGAUGAGCAGACUCUGGAAUUUCUUUCCAAGUAUGCUGACGAGUUUUUGGUACAUGGUGUGGAUGUUGAAGGCAAAAAGUUGGGGAUCGACGAAGAGCUUGUUUCUUUGCUGGGCAAAUACUCACCAAUACCGGUGACCUACGCUGGUGGUGUGACAGUAAUGGAAGAUCUAGAAAGGAUAAAGGUGGCAGGAAAUGAGCAAGUUGAUGUAACUGUUGGGAGUGCUUUGGAUAUAUUUGGUGGUAGUUUACCCUACAAGGAUGUCGUUACAUGGCACCUUAAGCAGGAUUCUGCGAUGACAAGCUCUUCUUUAUGAUCCUAUUUGUUGCAGGCCAUUUUCAUACUGGUCCAGAUGUCUUUGAGCUCCAUUUUAAAUGAACACUUUUGCUUCACCUUCUCAUCAAUUUCACUUUCCACCUAAGUCUUGGGUGGCUUAACUAUGUCUGUCACUAUUAUGUUGUACUAUUGUCCCUCGAGUACAAUUGGCCUUGCCAUUCUUUUUGUUUAGUCAUUCGUGGGUGUGGCUAACUUCCUGUAAGGUAACUGUAUGAUUUUCCAAGGUGAAAGCGUCCCUGAGGUCUCGGUCACGUUUGUUUAUUGUGUUACAACAGUUUGGCAAAAGAUUAGCUAAAUCAAUGCAUUUAAGUGUGACUCUAACAUUAUAUCGACGUGGAGAUGUUCAACGUAAUGCUUGAAAAUAUGCUUUGAUAAUUGUAUAUAUUGCUGCAGCCUGCAGAUAGAUAAUAAUUGCAUUUGGAUGUGCGUGUAAUCUUUCAGCAAUCUUUAAUUGUGAAGUCGACAGUUGCAUUUUCUUGUUCA